CCCCGUCCCCGUCCCCGUUGCGGUGACAGGAAGCCGUGGCGUCACGGCGGGGUGAUGGCAGGCCGGGACACCUCGGGGACAGCCGUGUGGCGGUGACAGGGACCCCGUGGGGACAGGGGCAGCCCCUCAGAGCCCCUCAGAGCCCCAGGGGCAGCCCAGCACCAGCAUGGGGAUGUGGGGGCUUGGGGUCCUCGUCCCCCUCCUCGGUGCGGGCGCCCUGUGGGUGAUCCAGGACCCGUCGGAGGUGCAGGUGACAGCGGGCGAAGGGGUGGCCCUGGGGUGCUGGGUGGUGGCGGCGGAGCCUCCUCAGAUGCUCCGCGUCGAGUGGCUGAAGGCCGCGGGGCACAGGGUCCUCUGCAGCGCCCGCAUGGGCCCCGCCGCCCCCCCGGCCCCCUGCAGCCCCCGCCUGCGCCUGGCCUGGCAGCCCCCCCACGCCACCCUCAGCAUCCUGCGGGCACGGCCGGGCGACGCGGGGUGCUACGUCUGCCGGGUCACCCUGGAGAUCCCCCGGCACGCCACCGCCACCGGCAACGGCACCGUGCUCACAGUCAGCGCAGGUACCCCCGGGGAUGGGGGGAGGAGGGGACACGUGGGGACAUGGGGGUGCUGCCACCCCGCUGUGCGGCACGGGGCGCCCCUCGAUCUGCGGCCCUUCCUGGGCAGCCCCAGUGGUUUUUAA